AUGUCUAUUGAAAGUAAUGGGUAUAUGUUCUCCUCAGACGUGGGGGAAAGGAUUAGCAAGAACACCCACGCACGAGGAACCAUGAACUUCGACCUCCAAGUCGGCCGCCGCGCAGCCGUCGAAGUCGCUUCCGACGCCGAGAUCGAGCGCCAGUGGUGGGCCCACGAAGCGGAGAAGCGCACAGAGGCAGAGCGCCCCACGCAGGGCGCCAGGCUGUACGACAUCGUCGACCUGGUCAAGGAGAUCAAGUAUGAUGGUGUAGAAGAAAUCACGGAGGCGCAGAAGCAGGAGAUGGUGGAGAUCCAACUGGCCAAGCUGGACCGCAAGUUCUACAUCGAUCCCGGUCGUCUGGCCAUGAUCAACGGAGGGUCAUAUCGGCCUGGUCGGGAUGGCCCACUGAGCGUGCCGUAUGCGUCUGAGAUUGACGUGCAGGCUUUCCUCGUCGCUGCUAUGGAGGCGGGUCGCCAGAAGGCCGAGCGCGCACGCGAAGAUGCAGCCCGCAAGCAGGCCAUCCGCGACUGCGCGGCGUGCUUUAAGCAGCGUCGUCGAAACGAUAGACGCCCGUGUGAGCAGCAUCACAACCGCAACAUGCACGACAACGUCAUGACCUCCGUGGCGCUCUGCCCGCACACCGACAUGCGGCUGUUCUGGUUCGCCGACGAUCCUGCGAACAAGAAGGACACCUGGCUGCUCGACGUGUCCGAGGUGCAUUCUCAGGACCUCGACGCCCACGCUGCUUGUAAGAUCAUGCCCGUAGAAAACGCUCUAGAAGAGCUUGUCGGCCUCCUAAAGAAGAGUAUGGAACACAAGAACCUGCGGGCGCCUAAUCUCUCCCGGGUCGCUUGGCAAUUGCCUGCGGUGUGGGACCUGCUGAACAAGGAUGAGAAGACGGGUGUCGUGGAAGUGACCCAUGAGUCUCCGACGGAUCUUCCACCGCCCGAAUACAAUCCAUAUGAUGCCGGCAGCAUUGCCCCGCUGACUGGGCAGUAUACUGGUGUGCAUCGGAUGGUUCGUCCUAAGAUUGAGCUUUCUAAGACCGAUCAGAGAAAGCUCAAGGUGCGAAAUGCGCGGCGGGAGAAGAGGGUCAUGGGGACGCGGAGGAAGGGGACCAGGGUUGUGGGGUCGGAUUACGAGGACGACUCAUCCGAUGAAGACACAGAGUCGGACACAGAGACAAAGCUUCCCGUUAAGAAGGCUCCUACUAAAAAGGCGAUUUCGACGGAGACGAAGACGGUGGAGCCGGAGAACAGGUAUGCACUCAGCAAGAGCACCGCUAAGCCUAAGAAGCAUGUGGAAGCCCCCACGCCUACUGAGAAGGCGACUAAGCAGGCGACGAAGGCGAAAACUACGACCAAGAACGCUGCGCCGAAGACUCCCGCUGCGGAGAAGCAAGCAAACCUAAGCGAGGAGAUCAUCUGCGACAGCGAUGAGGGUCUUUCAGAUGACGACACGUUCACCUCCAUUCCAAAGCCACCGCCCAAGAGCCAGUCUACGAAGCGCAAGGUCGAGGAGAGCGAAGUAUCAUCUUCUCACGAGGAUAUCCAGGAGCCUGCUGCUAAAACGCGGAGGGCGACUCCCACAAAUGAGGUCGUUCAACAACCUACACCAGAGACUGAGGUCGCUUCUCCCGAGUCCUCCGAGCCUGAAACCCCUUCGUCUGUUAAAUUUGAGGUGCAACCAUCCUCGCCAAAGAAGCGCAAGGCUUCCAAAUCAUUCGCCAGUGCCGCCGCCAUGAAACGCAAGACUUCCAUCGUUGAGGAGGAGAGUGAGUCCGAGGUGCUGACGGUGGAAAUUGCAGAGUUCCAACAGCCUACCCCAUCGACUACAUCGUCGGAUACACUUGCUGCCGGGACGCGUUCUCGAUCAUCAACCCCUUCGCUCAUUACUGAUUCGGAUGAGGACGUCGUGAAGUCUUCGGGCUGUCGCGGGUUCAGUCAAUGGGUUAAGGUGGAGGAUGAGGUUGACUAUGGGAGUAGCGGGGAGGAGUAGCGCAUGCAUGGGGAACUUUUCUCUUCUCCUUCGCAAUAGACGAGUGGCGUAUAGAUGCCAGAACUACCAAAUAGCGAAAAGUUUUAGCCUAUCAAUUACUGGAC